AUGUCGCUGCUGCCAGAGACGCCAACAGCCACGUACUACGACGUCAAGGGACCGCAGCUUCCCCUCGAUGAAGCAGACGCUACUCUGGCGGAUCCCGAUCCAAAUCUGCCCUGCGACGAGGCUCUGGCCAAUUUCGAGAUCCCCAAGGCCCUGACGCGGUAUUACCCCGAACUCGGACAAUUUGACUUUGCCAACGUUACGCACUUUGUUCUAAAAGUGUAUCAUAUCGAGCAAGCCAAGAUACUCGCCCGCGCGGGUGUGCGGUACAACUGGGACUUUCCCUUCAUCUUUUGGCACUUUCUCGGCCGCAUCGUGUCCGAGGCCUUUCUGAAGCGGGAGGACCAGCUCUUCCUCGUCAGCGCCAGCGUCGACGGCGACCGCGAGUACGUGAGCUUUGCGACGCGCUUCUACGUCGACAACGAAGCAGCCUUGCCAAAGACGCUCGAGGUCAGCCUCGGCUGGGAGGACGGCCACGAUCCGCUCGUGGAGCGCAUUCGGGCAUUUUGGACGCCGGCCCGGCCCAACAUUGUCGCAAACAUCCGAUUGACUACGGAGCGACAAACGGCGGCCGCCCAGUUUGCGGAAGUAACGCAGGCAGUAUUGCGUGGAUUUCCAACGGGAGAGGACGAAAAAGAGGGCGAGGCCACGAAUGAGGAGAUUUAUGAUGACGAUGCCAGUGGGGAAGCCGUGAUUGACUUGCAAGGUCCCAUAGAAACACCGAGAAAAAGAGUGUUGGUGGUGAGUGAAAGAAGAAUGUACUAUUCUGUGUACUUUAGCCCGUUUGAGUCCAGGUUCAUUCUCCUCGAGCAGCCCCUGCCUGCACGAGCUGAACCAGAGCUACAAAGUAUUUCUUAG